GUCAUCAGUGGUGAUUCAUUACUAGUAGCUCAAUUAUCAAAAAAACAAAAGAAAAAAUUUAUGAAACUGGUUGAAGAAAUGGUAUCUCCAACAAUACCUCGAGGUAUAACAGAAGAAUGUGUAAAAUUCGUAACAAAUUUUAUGCUACGAAGUAUACUAAGGUUGCAAGAAAGAUUAACGCAUGAUGAAAACUGGAAGGAAGGCAACAAUAAGCUUAACAAAGUUACGUUAAAAAUUCUUAAUACAUUGAAAAGUAUUUGGUGCAAUCCAGCUUUUGGUCCUGAAUUUGUUGAAACAAUGAAUGAGGGUACCUAUAUUAAUAAUAUAGUUGUUUUCGCAAUCCAUGCUACAUUAUUUGAUAAUUCUUUUAGAGAAUAUGCAUUCAUUACUACAUAA